ACGCUUUUGUCGUCUGCUACACAUGUGGUGUCUCUCUCUGACAAAAAUUGCGAAGUUUCUUAUGUGAUAGCUCAUUGAGUCAUUUCGGAUAUUUUUAAAGGAAAACAAAAGAAUUGGAAUAAUCAGAAAUGGUCAACGAGGAUCGAAAAGACGUUUGUGACGACCGAGAUUGCCACAAUAAAGAAAGAGAAGGUGAUCGAGAGCGAGAACGCGACAACAAAGAUCGUGAAAGGGAUAAGGAUUACAACAAAGAUUGUGACCGUGUCAAUGAUCAAGACAACAAAGAACUUGUCAGAGACCGUGAUCGUGAGAGGAGAGAACGUGAAAGGAUGAAAUCACGCAGUCGCUCUCGUAGCCGUGAUCGUACAACAAGAAGACGUAGAUCCAGAUCCCAGUCACCAAGGGACCAUCAUGACCGUAAAGAUGUGAAAACUGAACAAGAUGCUAAAGAUCAGGAAGCAAGUGAAGAGAAUAAUGAACAGCAAGCGAUCAAAAAGGAGCCAUUGUCACUGGAAGAAUUGCUGGCCAAAAAGAAAGCCGAAGAAGAGGAAAAGAGCAAACCCAAGUUUCUAGCAAAAGAGGAGCAUGCAGCUGAAGCCAUGAGGAAGCAACAGGAGCAAGUUGAAAAUCAACGGAAACAGCAAGAAGAGGAAAGAUCAAAACGGAAUGCCUUUUUUCAGGCGGAUGAAGAGACCAACAGGGAUAUAUACGAGGUAUAUAAACACCCCAUUGCAACAGGACCGCAACAACAGCGACCAACGGCUGGCCAAUCUGCUUACACGGCUUCAGAAGUUGCCCCACAACAACAACAACAACAACAACAAUAUGUCACUCCGGCGUCUGGCAUCCAACCAGGAAUGACAGUGCAGCAUUUGCCACCUCAGCAGCCUGCCCAUCCAGUUGCCGCACAGAUUCCAGUAAUGGCCCAACAAAACUUGAUUCCACUUCCCCGAUAUAGGACAUGCUACGGCUGCGGUAAACCUGGGCAUGAGGCAAAAGAUUGUCCCAAUCCCAAUGGAGCACGGCGAACGAGUUAUGCCCCAUAUGGCGCGUUAUAUGGACGGCACAAUACAGCACCGCUUCGAAGACACAGCACGGCCAUUGGAGCUCCUGUGCCGACCUCAAUCCAGCCAUCGACGAGUGUUAUGACACAAUCAAAUUCGAUGCAUCCGGUCGUGCUGUUGCCUACAUCGGCUCUAUUCCAGCAACAAUCGCAGCCUACACGCUGGCUGGAUGGCCAAUCUGCUUACACGGCUUCAGAAGUUGCCCCACAACAACAACAAUAUGUCACUCCGGCGUCUGGCAUCCAACCAGGAAUGACUAGAGGAGGCGCUGGCGGCGGCAGAGGAGGAGGAGGAAGACCCUGCUUUAAUUGCAAUGAAGAAGGUCACAUGUCUAGAGAAUGCCCCAAGCCUUCUACCAGGGGAGGUGGUAGAGGAGGAGGAAGAGGAGGAAGCACUGCGACGUGUUAUAAUUGCAAUGAAGACGGACACAUGUCUAGAGAAUGCCCCGAGCCUUCCACCAGGGGUAGAGGAGGAGGAAGAGGAGGAGGUAGCGGUGGUGGAAGGAAUACUUGCUUUAAGUGUAAUGAAGAAGGGCACAUGUCAAGAGAUUGUCCCAAUGGAGGCAGUAGCGGGGGAGGCAGUCGCUCCCGAUCCAGUAUCGCGCCUGCCGAUGAUGAUUGGGGAACAUCUUACGCCACCAGCAGCAGCAGUCCAUGGGCUACGGGUGCUAAUGCAGCUCCUAGAGGUAGAUCAACACCAAGUGCCAGCAAGUCAAAUGACGAUGAUUGGGGAGCGUCUACCACUGCACCUGGAACAACACCGAGAUCUGGUGAUGGUCGAAGAAGCUCCCGCCCAGGUGGUCGCAGUCCACGACAGAUUGAAAUGGGUGAUGCCACUCCACUCAACGACGAGUGACGUUCUAAUAAUCGAACCCGAAAUUGCAUUCAUUUAAUUUCUCCCUUAAGUUUUGUCAUUUUUAACGUCUUCAUUUGUUCACUCACACGGAAGACCUACACUACCAAGUAGGAUAUUUUCUUUAUAGUUUGUUUGCAAUGUCGGAUAUCGACAAUGGAAGAAUUUUCAUGCAAUUUUUUUUGUUCUGUUUCAUCUUCAUGGGCCUGUCAACUCAGAUAACGAACGCCCCUUUGUGCCAUGUUGUAAUGUAAUCAAGGAACGAGCAAUAAACCUUUUUUUUA